CGGCCAGCAUCAAAAUGCCAACCCAAUGUCUGUGAGCGCUAAAGUGUUAUUUUGCGUUUUCUUGCGACGUUCACGCGAUAUCGAUUGAUCCACCCUCGGGGUGGAGACGGUCCGCACAAGGACUGCUGCAGUGCGUUGCUAAUUGGGUGUAGUCCCCAGUGCGGGUGCCAUGGAAUAUGAGUACAUGUUGAUGCGAAAUGAAAAGGAAACGCAAAACCGCUACUGCGGAGGCCGUGUUUGGUGCGUCCAGGACAUUUGUGGCAUCAUAUGCGCCGUCCUUACGUGGAGUUUGAUAUUGUACGCGGAGUUCGUCGUCACAAUGGUGAUCCUUGUGCCGAAUCCUUAUAAAGCAUACAGGUACAUUAAUUUUAUCAUCUUUAACACUGCAUCGUUCCUUGCGUUUGCAUCGCACCUGCGGACAAUGCUGUCUGAUCCGGGUGCUGUUCCGAAAGGGAACGCCACGAAGGAGAUGAUCCAGCUGCUCGGCUAUCAGGAGGGGCAGGUGUUUUUCAAGUGCCCGAAAUGUUGCAGUAUUAAGCCCGAACGAGCCCAUCACUGCUCGGUAUGCCAGCGCUGCAUACGCAAAAUGGACCACCACUGUCCGUGGAUCAACAAUUGUGUCGGGGAGAACAACCAGAAGUUUUUUGUACUUUUCACGUUUUACAUAGCGUUUAUCUCCAUCCAUUCGAUCUUCUUGGCGGUCAACCAGUUCUGUCUGUGCAUCAAGAAUGAGUGGAGGGAAUGCUCGAACUACUCGCCACCGGCGACGGUAAUACUGCUGCUGUUCCUCAUACUGGAAGCGCUCCUGUUUGCGGUCUUCACCAUGAUCAUGCUCGGCACCCAGCUGAAUGCAAUCUGGACCGAUGAAACGGGUAUAGAGCAGCUGAAGAAAGAGGAAGCCCGGUGGGUGAAAAAAUCUCGCUGGAAAAGCUUUCAGGCCGUGUUCGGUAACUUUUCGCUAUCAUGGUUUUCACCAUUCACUCAGCCGCUUCGAGCCAAGCAUGGUAAUUAUUUAUAUUCAUGGUUCGGGAUGGUCAUCGUCUGGAAGGUGACCGAUUUGGCGUUUUUGAAGAACGAAUCCGGGCGCCACAUGUUUUUCAGCCAGUCCACCUCCAGCAGCCGGUACUCGGACGUCAUGUUCUCCGGUAACCGCAACCGAUGGUCCUUCCACGUCUGGGCGAAGAAGAUGUCGGCCGCGUACGUCAUCGAGUUUUCGUCAAUCGAAUCCAGCCCCAUGACGGUCACGUGGAAGGCAACGCUCGUCGGCUGGCCGUCCUUUUUCGGCGGGCGCAUCUUAUCGUACAGCUUCGGAUCCUCCGGCAGAAUAUCGUUGAACAUAGCCGUCUCCAGGAUGCACACAUCGGUCGACCUGGUACGUUUCGAGUCGUUCAUCCGGGUUCCGGAAAUAUUUUUCGACAUGAUCGGCGUCGCACGGUACGGCGAACCCAGGGGAACGUGGCGAGCACGGUUGAAGCAGCUACUUUUCUGGAGCUCGUACGCCAACACCGCCUUUUGUUUGGUGAUCGAACACAUCUUCUUCAUCCAGGCCGCCGACAGCUCGGCCAACUUUUUGCAACUGACGGCUCUGGCCCCGUGCAUUGGCUUCACAGCGCUUUCAUUCGUGAAGAUCAUGACGAUCAAGGCGAACGAAGCCAAGCUGACCGGAAUGUUGCACCGGCUGGACGAGAUGUUCCCGAAAUCGUCCGUCCUUCAGGAGCGCUACGGUGUUUAUCAGUACAACCGUGAGUCGCAGGUCGUGAUGAAAUCCUUCAGCAUACUGUACAUGAUUUUGAUCUGGAUGUUCAAUCUGCUGCCGUUGGCAUCGAUGGUGAACCGGUACUACACCGAGGGCAAGUGGCUCAAGGAGUUGCCAUACUUCAUGUGGUACUGGUACGAUUGGCACCAGCCGGGCCUGUUCGAGGUCACCUUUUUGCACCAGAAUUGGGGCGGAUUCGAUUCGGCCGUAUUCAACCUGUCCACGGAUCUGUUGUUUUGUGCCAUCAUCCUUCUGCUGUGCCUGCAGUUCGAUAUCGUUGCCUACCGAUUGCGUCACAUGCUUCCGAACGAUCACGAGGAGUUGCUCGAAAGCAUUCGGAUCCAUCAGAACGUCAUCGAGUUGAGCAACGAAUUGGAGCGCAUCUUCUCACCGUCGCUACUGGUCAACUUUCUGGGCAGUUCGGUCAUCAUCUGUCUGGUGGGAUUUCAGGCCACCGCCGGACUUACACCCAUCGAUCUGUUCAAGUUCGUACUUUUUCUCGUGUCCUCGCUGGUGCAGGUGUUUCUGCUGUGUUACUAUGGGAACAAGCUGAUCGAAGCGAGCGCCCAGAUCCCGUACAGUGCCUUCGAGGGGCGCUGGAUCGAUGCAUCAAUUUCGCACCAAAAAUCGUUACUGCUCGUCAUGUUACGCUCGAUCAAGCCGCAGAAGCUGACCGCGUUGAAAUUUUCCAUUGUUUCACUAGCCAGCUACUCGAAGAUUUUAAGCACAUCGUUCUCCUACUUUACUCUUCUGAAAGCGAUCUAUGAGCCAACCAAUGCUUCAAGUCAGAAAUAG